UCAGAUAUUUGAAUGAUGAACGCUGUUUUGAAAAUUGUUUUUUUCCUCGGCAUUCUCGGCCUGUCAGCAUCUGCGAAAUCAUUUAAAGAUUGCUGCCAAUCCUUUUUGGAUGAACUGAAAAAGAAAUCAGAAGCUGCUGUGUUACUCUGUUCGUUGAACAACCAAUCUUUUGUACCUUUACCAUUUGGAAAGCAUUGCAAUUGUAAAACGCUAAAAACUGAGUUGAAAGAAAGAUGGGACGGUUUUUACAAACUUUGCCGACUAAUGCGGAAACAGCAAUGUUCCAAUGCAAAGUCGAUUAUAAUCACAAGACGCAGCACAGUUGACUACGCAAUAAGCCAGGGAGCUCCUCAGAUGAAGGAAGUCACAACGUGUUUCUGGGUAAAGACCAAGCAAGUAACGGGAUAUGCACAUUACAUUUCCUACGCAGUCCCAUUAGCAACAAACCAGAUAAUUAUUAAGGGCAUGCAAAAUCUCAGACUCGUCAUUGUGCAUUAUGCAUCAGAUUCAACGAAAGUUUCCUCAAGCUCACACAAUAUCAAGAUUAACGACGGACGCUGGCAUCACAUUUGUAUGACUUGGCAAUCAAAAGAUGGCGGAUAUUCGUUUUUCAAGGAUGGAAGGAAAGUUGGCAGUGGCACAAUCUCUGGCAGUGUUGGAAAGCCAAUUCCAGGCAAAGGCACAUGGGUGCUGGGUCAAGACCAAGACAGUGUUGGAGGUGGGUUUGAUGCUAAUCAAUCAGCCACUGGAGAAUUGACCGGAGUCAAUGUUUGGGAUAAAGUUUUGUCUUCUUUCGAGAUUUUGAAAAUGUCCAGAAAUUGCAAUGCCGGUGGACCCGCUGGUAAUGUAAAGAGCUGGGCUGAUUUUCUAUCUGGAAUCAAAGGAAAUGCAAAGAUUGGAAAAGCAACUUGCUGUCAGUGAUAUUCUAAUGCUUAAUUGAAAUCCCUUAUAAUCGUUCUUAGUGAUAUUGUUAGUUUUUAAUGUCAUAUAUAUAAUCUUGUGUAACUAAGCAUGCAGCUGGACUUGAUCCAAUCUGCAUAUAUUGCUCGUUAAUUAU